UCAUCAACCCAAUUUACCAUCUCUCUCCAUCUUUUUCAUUUCCUCAUCAGCCAUGGCUGUUUCUCUUUUCUCAAUUCCCCCCAAGCCUCCCUUCUCCCUUCAAACUCACACUUCUUCUUCACAUUACUAGUCCCUCCCAAUUUCUCUCCACUCUGGAAUUCGCGAGAUUUUGGUUUUAUCUCUUGGUCCUUGCUGCUCCCCAUUUCUCUCUGUCUUUAUAUAUGCGCCUUUGCAUUUGGAAAUUGGAACUCGCUUCCCAUUGAUAUUCUCAUUGUCUGUUGAUCCUUAUCUUUCUCUAUGCAUGCAUAUGCUGCCCGAGUGUCUUCUUAUGCCUGAUUCUGUAAAUUAAAUGUGUUUUUUAAUAUGAGCUGAGACGCCUCAUUCUUCCACCAAUGGAGAUUGUCACCGGAGAUCGAUAUCUGGAGAAACUGGUCAAGUUUGUGGAGGAGCAUGCGGAGUCCUUGCUCGAAGGGACUCAGGUGUUGAAGCUCAAUCCCGCGGGGCUUUGGUACGUGCAGUCGCGGCUGGAAGCCCUGCGGGAGCUUGAGAGGAUGCUAGCCGGCGCGCCCGUCGACUACCUCCGCGCCUACGUCUCGGACCUCGGGGACCACCGGGCCGUCGAGCAGCUGCGCAGGAUACUUCGCCUUCUCACAUCAUUGAAGGUCGUUUCCUCACUUCCUCCUCCCAUACGGGAUCCCACCCCUCUCGCGCUCUUGCCUUUCGGGAGGCUCAGGGUCCUGGAACUCAGGGGCUGUGAUUUGUCCACUUCUGCUGCCAAGGGCUUGCUUGAGCUGAGGCAUACUCUGGAGAAGAUAAUUUGCCACAAUUCGACUGAUGCACUACGACAUGUUUUUGCGAGUAGGAUAGUGGAAAUAAAGGACUCACCGCACUGGAACCGUUUGUCCUUUGUUUCUUGUGCAUGUAACCGUUUGGUGCUCAUGGAUGAGUCUUUACAACUUCUCCCUGCUGUCGAAACACUUGAUUUGAGUCGAAACAAGUUUGCAAAGGUGGAUAGUCUUCGGAAAUGUACCAAACUGAAGCACCUGGAUCUCGGCUUCAAUAAUCUCAGAACGAUUUCCUACUUUAGUGAGGUGUCCUCUCAUAUUGUUAAACUUGUUUUGAGGAACAAUGCUCUAACUACAUUGCGUGGGAUUGAGAAUUUGAAGUCGCUUGAAGGCCUUGAUCUUUCCUACAAUAUUAUUUCCAAUUUUUCAGAGCUAGAGUUCCUUGUGGACUUUGAAUCAUUUUACAUUUUGCAGAAAAAGGUAUCUCGCCUUGCUGCUAUUGUAAGUGACGAAGAGAGCACUUAUGUUUGUUCUGACCAAGAGUCUGCAUCAUGUGACAAUGAGAUUCAGAGCAAAGACGAGAAUGUCAAAUCAGAUGAUGAAGCUGAAAUUGCUGAUCUGAUUAAACAAGUGGAACGGCUGAAGAAAGAGCGUUCCGUUCUCUGGCUUCGAGAGUUUAAGGAUUGGAUGGAUCAUUCAUCUGAAAAUUGUGUAGAUGUCAGUAAUGAUCAUUUGGCUACUCAUACUGAGUAUGAAAAUUUUAUGAAGAAUAAGAAACGCCAGGAGCAUCAUGGUGAAAGUUCAAGAAACAUGUUGGGCUCUAUACAAGCUUCAGGAGAUGAGAGAAGUACAAACAUUUUAAAGCCUGAUAAUCCUUUUGCAGAUACAGCAACUGGUUUCCAUUCCCAUCAAAACACAGAUAAUAAUGACCUAGUGGGGGCUACUGGUGGAAUUCUUUUACCAGGUGUUUGGAGAAUGGAUCCUAGGGAUGAGCAUCAACCUCCUUAUUUGCCUGAAGGGAACAGUAAUUUAUUCAUGCAGGCUAAAAAUUUACAUCCUGAUACUUUCACAACGGAAGAUCAAAGGAUAGUUGAAAAUGAUAUUAUACCACAGUUGACUGCAACUGAUGAUAUAACAGAGUCUCGUUCUUCCUCUGUCUAUCCUGGAUCACCGCCUCAUUAUCGAGAGGAUGUUCUGCAUCGACGCCAUAAUUUGGUGGAAGAAAUUUUGCAACUAUCAGCAGAGUCUUUUUCUGUGGCAUCAUCUGACAGUAAUACCAGCUGUUGUGAAGAUGAGUCUUGUGAAUCUGAGCAAUUGUGUCUUGAAGGUCGUCAGUCACUGGACCAAGAAUGUACAACUAUGUGCACAGAACAGCUUUCGUCAUCUGUUUUUCAUGUAGACAACUCUUUAGAACUGGGAGAUGAGAUUCCCUUGUGCAGAGAAGUGGCUCUAAUACUAAGUAGUGAAAACAAGUUCUACGUACUGCUGCUUGGUGUUGCACUUGAUGGAUCAGGGGCUAUCUUAAGUCUACUUGGUUGGCAUAAGGUUGAAGAUAUUAGAGACAUUUUAGUUGGUCUAGGACUUCAGGUUCUGAGGAUGUACAUUGAGGGUGAUGGUACAUAUCUUCUAAUAACAAGGAGCAUUGAAAAAUCAACGCAGUUACUCCACACAUUACAAUCUUUUGAGUCCCACGCAGCUGAUAAAUUUGCUUUGAGAAGUUUGGAGCAGGUUCAGGUUGAGUUAUUUGGAAAGCAAAUUUGUGAAGGUUUGAGGCAGAGCCUAUUUCAGUAUUCAAUGGUCAUUUUUUGUUGCAGUUAUGGUGAAGGUAUGCCU